AUGUUACAUCUCCAAGGAAAGACAUCGUUCAAGUUCAACAACACUACUCACAAGUCUCUCUUCAUUCCUUACACCAAACAAUUCGGAUACAAUUACAGUCUUCUCUCUUCAUUAUGCAACCCAAAGAACAUGGUUCUAGACUCCAAAGGCUACACGAAACUCAUUCAAAAAUCCGCGAACUCAGGCUCCCCUGUUCUGGGCAAGCUCGCACACACACACAUGAUCAAGUCCUCUUUCAAACCCUGCCUCUACUUACUCAACAACCUCCUCAACAUGUACUGCAAAACCCGAGAAUUAGGUCACGCACGCAAGGUGUUCGAUAGAAUGCCUGAACGAAACAUCAUCACUUUCAACUCCUUGAUUUCCGGGUACAGCCAAAUGGGCUUUCGCGAACAGUCAAUGAAACUGUUUCUAGAAGCUAGAGAUUCCAAUUUGAAGCUUGAUAAGUUCACUUACGCUGGUGCGUUGGGGUUUUGUGGAGAAAAGUGUGAUCUUGGGUUAGGGAAGUUGUUACAUGCGUUGGUUCUUGUAAACGGUUUGGUUAAGGAAGUUUUUGUUGUUAAUGUUUUGAUUAACAUGUAUUGUAAGUGUGGGGAGGUUGAUCAAGCAAUGUCCUUGUUUGAUCGAACCGAUGAGAAGGAUAAAGAGACAUGGAACUCUUUGAUCUCUGGAUUGGUUCGUGUGGCUGCGGUGGAGGAAACGCUUAGUAUGUUGGCUAAGAUGCAUAGAGAGGGUAUGAAGUUGACUACUUAUGUUUUGGGAAGUGUGUUAAAAGCUUGUUGUAUAAACCUGAAGAAAGAAAAUGGUAUGGUUAUACACUGUUAUGUUGCUAAGUUAGGGAUGGAGUUUGAUCUAGUUGUUGGUACUGCGUUACUUGACAUGUACGCGAAAAACGGGAGUUUGAAAGAAUCUAUAAAGCUUUUUAGUUUGAUGCCAGUGAAGAAUGUGGUUGCUUAUAAUGCAAUGAUCUCUGGCUUUCUCCAUACGGAUGACAUAACUUGUAGUGAAGCCUUCAAGCUCUUCAUGGAUAUGCAAAGACAGGGGUUGAAACUCUCUCCAACGACGUUUUCAGCUGUGCUUAAAGCUUGUUGUAUCGGAAAAGCCUUGGAAUAUGGAAAGCAGAUCCAUGCUCUGAUAUGUAAGAAUAAUUUUCAGUCUGAUGAGUUCAUUGGUAGCGCUCUCAUUGAGCUCUAUGCGUUAAUGGGUUCACCUGAAGAUGGGAUGAGAUGCUUUGCUUCAACGUCGAAGCGAGAUAUCGCCUCGUGGACGUCUAUGAUUGAUUGCCAUGUCCAGAACGAGGAGCUUGUAAGUGCAUUUGAUAUGUUCAGACAACUUUGUUUGUCUUGUUUAAGACCAGAAGAGUAUACAAUCUCGCUUAUGAUGAGUGCUUGUGCUGAUUUUGCUGCAUUAAGCUCAGGAGAGCAGGUUCAGGGAUAUGCUAUAAAGAGUGGAAUCGAUGCUUUCACCAGCGUCAAGACCUCAAGCAUCUCUAUGUACGCAAAAUCAGGUAACAUGGCGCUCGCGAGUCAGAUAUUCUCCGAGGUCGAACGUCCAGACAUUGCAACAUACUCAGCUAUGAUCUCAUGUCUUGCGCAGCACGGUUUCGCUAGCGAUGCCUUAAACCUCUUUGAAACGAUGAAAACAUGUGGAUUCAGACCGAACCAGCAGGCGUUUCUCGCUGUUCUAAUAGCUUGUUGCCACGGAGGAUUAGUCACGGAAGGACUAAACUACUUCCAAGCCAUGUGGAACGAGUACAGGAUUAGCCCUAACGAGAAACAUUUCACUUGCAUCGUCGAUCUCUUAGGUAGAACAGGGAGGUUAUCAGACGCUGAGAGCUUGAUAUUGAGCUCAGGUUUUCAAAACCAUCCGGUGAUGUGGAAGGCGUUGUUGAGCUCUUGCAGGGUUUACAAGAACAGUGUGUUGGGGAGACGCGUUGCAGAGAGAUUGAUGGAGCUCGAGCCUGAAGGCUCUGGCUCGUAUGUUUUGUUACAUAAUAUCUACAACGAGUCUGGAGUUAAUUCUUGUGGUGAAGAGGUUAGAGAGCUGAUGAGAGAUAGAGGGGUUAAGAAAGAACCGGCUUUGAGCUGUAUUGUGAUUGGUAAACAAGCUCAUUGGUUUACGGUUUCUGAUUCUUCUCACUCGUCGAGUCAUAUGAUAUACGCGAUGCUGCAACAGCAGUUGGAUACUAUGAAUAGUGUAGACCAUGAGACUCUUGUUGAUGUUUGUUCUGUUACAUAGAGAGACUCUUGUUAUCUCCCCAGGGACAAGAACUCUCACCGUAGCUAGAUUGGUAACAAAAUUAAAGUUAGUUACACUUAAGUGGUUUAGUUCCAUUUGCUGCUAGGGAUCAAGUUAUAAAGUGGUUGUAGCACAUUGAUAAUACACAAAAUACUUCUCUUACGUCUCUCUUGUAGGAGGGUGAAUGUCUGAUUAUGAACAAAAAAGCAACCAAAGAUAUA